CGUUCCCGUUUCUGCUUUCACUUCGUUCCUUUCCAUCCUGGCGGCUAUCACAUCCCUGCGAUCACCCUCCCGACGCGCACUGUACCCAUGAGCCUAGUCACCACGGGCUCGUCGACGGCCAAGACGCCGCCGUCGCUGCUAGACGCGAUCGCGCGGAGCACCGACAAGUGGCAAGAGGAUCUCGAGACGUUGUUCCAGCACGCGUCUGAGCGUUUCCCGGACGUCGUCUGGGAGCUCCAGCCCGAGGGCGACGAGGGCGGGCCCGUCGAGGAGGUCUGGGGCCACAAGGCCAUCGUCUACGCCCGCGCCCCGCCGUCGUUCCAGGCGAGAUACUUCUCGUUCCGACCCGCUCCUAUAUCCUCCCCGACGCCCCAGCCGUACUCGUCGUCCCCGCCCCCGUACCCCCAGCUGUCCACCCCCUCCCUCGCCCUCUCCGUCCAUCACAACCUCGGCGGCAGUCUCGCCAUCGACUACCCCAGCCGAUCGCCCUCCCCCGGAUACGCCUCCGGACAUGGCCUCAACGCCAGCGUCGGCCAUCUCCCCCGCAGCCAUUCGCCCGCGCCGAGUCAGCGCACGAUCGCGACGACGAUGACCACCGUCGGCGUGCUCACGCGCUUUCCGACGACAAUGAAUCCCACCCUGUUUGCUCACGAGCUCGAAUACCUCUACACCGGCAAGAACUUCGGCGCCGCGUUCGAGUUCCUGUUUGAUGCCGCCGAUGCCAAGUCGCCAGAUGCCGACACGGACGAACUCACCGCGGAAGAAUCGCGCGUCGACAAGCUUCGAAAGGACCUCGUCUUCAUGUGGCGCUCCCGCCUCUACUCCGACAUCCGCAUCGCCCUCACCGGCUCCUUCUCCUCCGCCAACCACGAGACCUCCACGGCGAUUUUCUCCUCCCAUCGCUUCAUGCUCGUCUCUCGGUCUCCUUACUUUUAUACGGCGCUGCUCAAAUGGGGCGACGGGAAACCCGUCCCGGUCUCCACCCCUCCCAAGUCGCUCGCGAGCUCGGUCGCGAGCACCUCCGCCGAGCGCGAGCGCGAGCGGGAAAAGGAGAUCCAAACCCUCACCCUCCCGUCGCCCCCGUUCACGCCCGCCUCCCUCCACUUCACCCUCGGGUACAUCUACACCGGCACCCUCAUCUUCUCCCACCGCACGUACGACCUCGACACCGCCUUCCACAUCCUCCUCUCCGCCCUCUACCUCCAGCUCGACGCGCUGCACGACGAGAUCCAGGCGCGGAUCGUCCAGGAGAUGAUGCACGGCCUCUUCCACGCCUUCCUCGAGUUCUCCGAGUACGAACGCGUCACGGGCGGAAAAUGGGGCGUGGGCGGGUGUCGCUGCCGGCAGUGCGCCCGGCGCGCGCCGAGGGUGCUCGAGUUCGCCGUCCGGGACGACGUCGGCAACAAGUACCUCGAGCGCGGCGCGCGGCGCGCCCUCGUCGGCCUGUUCGGCGACGGCUGGUGCAACGCCGAGUUCGCCGCGCUCUCCCAGGGCACGCGGGGCGGCGUGCUCAAGGGCGUGGGCAAGCGGACGCUGCCGAUGAACGUGUUCCCGCUGCUGUGGGCGGCCAACUCGGGUCUGGACAAGGUCGGCAAGGUGAUCGAGGACUGGGCGGACACCGUGCGCGACAUGCUGGAGAAGGCGCGGAGCGUCGUGGAUGAGUGUCUGUGCAAGGACGCGGUGCAGUGCUUUGAGCAACCGGAAUGGGUCGAGAUCGUCGACGCGGACGGGGUCAGGUUCGAGGACGCCGAGCGGGUCGCGAUGGUCAUGGACGCUUGCCGGAGAGGCCUCUCCGAGUCGAACGCCGGUGUUCUUUAUCAGGCGCUCGUGUCGUCCAUCUUGCUCCGCGUGAACGAUCAAGGCGAGACCGUGGUCAGCGCGACGUCUCACGUACGCGUACAGGUGGAGCAGCUGCGGACCGACGUCCUUCGCUGGUUACGCAAACGCUGGUUCGGCGUCAGGGACCAGGGCGGCUUCGAUUCCCUCGAGAGCUGGGCGGUCAAGGAGAUCAGCGACGAGAUCGACGUGCCCGUGGAGGAGCUCCUCAACCCCGAUCACCAGAUCAAGGGGCCUGCGAGGACGACACGACCGCAAACGCGCGGCGACUUUGAUGGCGAAAGCAUGCGCUCCAUCCCCAGGAGCGUGGCGUCCAGGAACAUCGCGAGCCCAACCCCCGGGCGCAAUGGCGCGCUCAGUCCCACCGGCGGUCGCACGGCACCAUCGGUGCACUCGAUCGCGCGGAGCACGAUGUCGACCAAGAGCAGAGCGAUCACGAGCACGGCGCCAGCUAGGCGUAACGUUAGCGGAGGGCGGACAAGCAUCGCACCUCCUCCCGGCCCGAGACCAGAUUCCAAACUGACUCCGGCGGCGUCGAGCAGCUCGUUGGCGAGCAGGGACUCGAAAGUCACAUCCCCGUCCACGGCGCGCAAGGCCUCCUCCCGGACCCCGACGGCGGCGUCCGUCCGGAGCAGCGCGGCGUCGUUCACGUCCGUCGUUUCGACCGCUUCGACGGUGCGCACCUCCAGAGCGGGCCCGUCGACGCUCAAACCGCCUCCCUCCGACUCGUCGCGACCGAACUCGACCAUGUCGACCGCCAGCGCGGGCAGCACCGAGUUCAAGACGGCGUCCGAGAUCACGACCUCGCUCGGGACGCAGUCCGCCGUCGUCCCGACCUCGCCGCUCCUGAGUCCCAGAAAUAGGAGGAUCUCGACCGCGAGCACGGCCAGCGCCGCGAGCGCAAGGUCUCCUGGGCUCGCUCCGCCCAGGAAUACGACGAGGAGGACGAGCACCGCCUCGACCGCAUCCGCCGCGUCGGUUCGUUCGACGCGCGUGGGCGCAGCUCCAGAGACGCCGAAGUUGAAGUCACCGUCACAGGCGUCUAUACGCUCGAAUGUAUCGACUACCUCCACCGCAGCGCGGAGCACACAAUCCAGGCGAACCGUAGAUAGGAAAAGCACGGUUGCCGAGACUCCUGCUAAAAUCACCGGGAAAGCGCGUGCGACCACGGGCGCUGGCGGGACCAUCAAGCCGACGAAGUCGACAUCAACGCUGCCGCCCACGCCGCCGGAGACGGCGUCCUCUGCCAGCACGCCCUCGCUCGGCGACGGUUCGCUGAAACGCAAGGCUUCGAACGAUACCAUCAAAGAGUCCUCCGUCGUGACUCAGCGCGCGGUAAGCGCCCUUUCUCCGCCGGGAGACACCCUCGAUGUCGGCAUUCCUUGCAUCAUCGCCUCUAAACGCGCCCGCUUCCGCGCAUACGCGCGGUACAUCGGAGAAGUGAAGGGCGAGACGGGGCCUUGGGUCGGCGUCGAGGUGCCGGUGAACGACAGCUGGCCGACAGACAAACUGGAAGGCCGCCAGUGGCACGACGGGACGUGGGGCGGUAUCCGCUAUUUCGACCUGGGCACGGAAUCGCAGUGGGAUGGCUACGGAGACCAGACGACCGCCAGCCGGCGGAGGGCGGUCGAUUGGAAGCAGACGGUGAUGAACAGAAGUUUGAAGCGGGGAGGAGCCGAGUUGAGCGUCGACCGCAGCAAGCGCAUGCGGAGCGUGUCUCCUGCCAUAUCGGACGUCUCGAAUCAAGAAUCAAGAGGACUCUUUGUCAGGCCCCAGCAGGUCCUUUACGUGGUGGACGCUGUGGGCACGGAUCUGUGAUACCCAAUACCAAUAGUGCCGAAACAUUCCCUUGAAACCGUCUUGCUCUCCACCUAUGCAUCGCUUUCGAUGUUACGCAUACGCUCGUAACUUAAACCUCCUUUCCUUAAUCUCUCUAGUGGCUUGUACGUCUAUGUCUUCGGUUCGGGACAUGAUUAUCACCGUUUUACUGUAGUCGUUCGCGGGACAAGUAGAUUAAACACCUGCCGCCAUCCACAAAUAUUAAAUCAUACAGGAUAUUGCCCGU